CACGGGAAGUGGGGGUGGGCCGCGUACGUAUGUACGAGUCUCUCGCCGCUCUUGCUGAUGUGGAAGCCGCGAGGGCCGUGGAAGGGAGGUCUCUUCUCGUCCCGUCUUCUCCUCCGCGCGAGAGACGCCUCGAGAGACUCGACCCGCCGAGACGCUCUCAGUCUCGCGGCUGCGACGCGCGAUCUCUCCCCUUUUUCUUCUCGCUCUCUCUCUCGUUCCCACCUCUCCCUCUCUCCCCCUGCGCCACGGUGGAAUGCGAGCGCUCAUGUUCCUCCAGGUCCUGAUCGGCUUCUCGAUCCUGGCGACGGCGGUCCCGGACGGCGAGCAUCACGUCCUGAACAAGGAUGGAGGCAGUAAAGACCACUACGUCCACUCCCAGCACAACCCGGCCUACGAUCACGAGGCUUUCCUCGGGGAAGAGGCCAAGACCUUCGACGAGCUUACACCCGAGGAGAGCACCAGGCGGCUGGGGAUAAUCGUCGACAAGAUAGACAAAGACAGCGACGGCUACGUGACUCAGGAGGAGCUGAAAGAUUGGAUAAUGUACACGCAACAACGGUACAUCAGGGACGACGUGGAGCGCCAGUGGAGGUCCCACAAUCCGCUGGGCAAGGAGAAAUUGUCCUGGGCGGAGUACAAGGAUAUGGUCUACGGCAAUAUGGAGGAGCAGGAGGACGAGAAGGCGAACCACUCCUUCUCGUACGUUCAGAUGUUCAAGAGGGACCGCCGUAGGUGGACCACCGCGGAUCUGGACGGCGACGACGCCGUGACGAAGGAGGAAUUCACCGCCUUCCUCCACGCGGAAGACGCGGAGCACAUGAAGGACGUGAUAGUGCUGGAGACGAUGGAGGAUAUCGAUAAGGACGGGGACGGGAAGAUAUCUCUCGCGGAGUACAUUGGCGACAUGUACAGGGGCAAGGAAGAUGAGGAGGAGCCGGAAUGGGUGAAGAACGAGAAGGAACAGUUCUCGUUGUACAGGGACAAAGAUGGCGAUGGAUUCUUGAACGCCGACGAGGUGAAAACGUGGAUCAUCCCCGCGGAAUUCGAUCACGCCGAGGCGGAGUCGAGGCACUUGAUUUACGAGGCGGACACCGACGCGGAUCACAAGCUGACGAAGAACGAGAUUUUGGAGAAGUACGACAUCUUCGUCGGAUCCCAGGCGACGGACUUCGGCGAGGCGUUGGCGAGGCACGACGAGUUUUAACGAGGUGCAAUCUCAUAAGAAAAAAAGAAUCACUAACGAACAAAUUACUUGUAACACUUAAGCCUACUUAAGAUCUAGUUUACCCCUACGAAGAGAAAAGAAUAUUUAUCUACUUGCUCCGAUAAAUAGAUGUGUUUUUAUAUAUCUUGGGUAUUCACACAAUUGAUAUCGUAGAGAGAAUGCUAUAUCUGCCAAAAAUUGUGAAGCUCGACUAGCUGUUGUUACAAUAAAUUUUUCAUAUUGUCAUUGUA